CAGCCGAUCAGCUGGCCUCCUUCCCAGGGACACACAAGACGCAAGCGACGGAAGGCAGGGAGGGAGGGGGACGCACACGACACCGCGCCGAGCCGAGCCAGAGGCAGCAGCGGACCGGACCGGACCGGACCGGACCGGACCGGAGGGCACGGGGUGGCCGCACCAUGUCCUUGAGCCCCAAACACUCCACUCCCUUCUCAGUCACAGACAUUUUGAGCCCGAUGGAGGACAGCUACCGGAGGUUUGGAGGCAUGGACCCCGCAGCGGGGUGCCUUCAGUCCCCACUGGGCGCCUACAGGCAGCCGCAGGUCUCCCAGCCCGGUAUGCAGCAUCAGCACCAGCCGCAGCAGCAUCAGCCGCCCCAUCUCCACCACCAUCACCAUCACCACCACCACCACCACUUAUCCUCCUCCUCUUCAUCCUCAUCCUCCUCCUCUUCCUCAGCCACCGCAGCGGCCGCGGCUCUGGGGCCCAGCGGGCCGUAUCACGUGCCCCACGGGGUGCCUCAGUUCUCCGGGGCCGUCGGUGGGUUCUGCAACGGCAGCAUCGGGAACGUGGGGGAGCUGCCGUCCUACCAGGAGACGAUGAGGAGCGGGGGGGCGGCGGCGGCGGCGGCGGCGUGGUACAGCAACCCGGAGCCCAGAUACCCGACAAUUUCCAGAUUCAUGAGCCCGUCCAGCGGGAUGAACAUGCCGGGCAUGGUGGGCGGCCUGGCCGGGAUGGACUCCUCCGCCAAGUCCAUGGUGACGCUGCACGCGGCGCCCCGCCGGAAGCGGCGCGUGCUCUUCUCUCAGGCGCAGGUGUACGAGCUGGAGCGGCGCUUCAAGCAGCAGAAGUACCUGUCGGCCCCGGAGAGGGAGCACCUGGCCGGACUCAUCCACCUCACGCCCAACCAGGUCAAGAUCUGGUUCCAGAACCACCGCUACAAGCUGAAGCGCCAGGCCAAGGACAAGGCCGCGCAGCACGCGCACCAGGACGAGAGCGGCGGCGGCGCAGGCGCGCUGUGCGCCGCGGCCCGCCGCUCAUCGUCCGUGUCCCCGGUUCUGUCCAAGAGCGGCAGGAGCUGCCGAACCGACACCGGCGGGUCCAACCAGAGCGCCAACGGACACGGCAGCUCCGGCGAGGCCCUGCCGCAGCAGCAGAACCCCAUGUCGUCCGCGGAGGAGCUGGAGGAGCUGUCCCCCAGUCCGCCGCUGGGACUGCACGGCCACGUCAACAUGGCGCAGACGGACGCGGCGCUGAUCGACUACACGAACAGCAUGAUGGGCUCCAACCUUCUGUACGGGAGGACGUGGUAGGACGCGGCGCGGCGCAGCGCGUGGCCCGGCGGAUUUGUUGGGAGAACGGCCCGCAAAAAGCAAGAAAGCAAGAAAUUUUUUCUCAGUGCGUAACGUCCAGAGACUCAAAGGACACCGAGCGUUUUUCAGCAAUAAAGGUGCCAAAUCUAACUGUAUAUUAAAUUCGUGGAUCUGGACUGAAUGUUGCUAAUACGCUUAUUUUUGUUCCCUCUUGAUCUUUGUAAAGACACGUGAAGCUGCUGCGUUUUCAACUCGAGACAAAACCACAGAAUGGUACUGGAGUUUCCGGAUGAGGCACGUUCUCUGUGCGUCAUUAUUAAAUUAUUGCGGGUUUAAAUACAAAGUUAUAACAAACUCAAGCAAUAGAAGCUGUUUUUUUAAUUUGCCCGAGGUGGAAACAAUUAAAACAGAGGGAGAAAUAUUUUCACUGAACCUCAGUCGUUAAAUGUCUUUGUUACCACUGAUUUCAAUUUGUUCCUGAAUAAAUGAGAUUUUCAUUUUUCACA